UUAAACAACACUAAUUUAAGCGCAGAAGAAGAACUGUAGCGCGGGUUGUUUGACUGUUUGCUAACUGCUACACAACAUUUAGCGGGUCCGUGUCUGCUGACCGGCUCAGUCUGUCAGUGAAGAGCUCAUGGAGUCCACAGAGAACAGAUUCGCUCACCUGCUGCAGCCGAUUCGAGAACUCACCAAGAACUGGGAGAUCGAUGUGGCUUCAGAGUUAAACGAUUAUUUAGAGGAGCUGGAUGAGAUGUGCAUCACGUUCGAUGGAGGGAAAACUCGACUGAACUUUGCCGAGGCAGCGCUGCUGAUCCAGGGCUCAGCCUGCAUCUACAGCAAGAAGGUGGAGCUGCUGCACAGUCUGGUUUACCAAACUCUGGAGUACAUCAACGACAGGAACAAGAAACGUAACAAACGAGCGGCAGAGACUCAGGGCGGCGAUGAAGACGAGGCGGCGAGCGGCCACGACGCUGAUGAUGUGGCUGUGUUCACUCCUUUGGACAUCGACGUCUCAGAAAACUCAAAGAAAGACUCCGGGACGACGGUGGACGUUGCUCCUCUUCCUCCUGAGUCUCUGAUUCCUCCUGAGACUCAUGAGAAGCAGAAACUCCCUCUCAUCAGUGUGAAAGGUGAGAUCUUGUGCAGUCAGAAGGAUUUCAGGAUCAACCUGUUCCUCCCAGGAGAAGAGGAUCUGAUCCUCCUCACGUUCAGAUCAGGAUCCAGGUUUCUGCCGGACAGUGAUCAGCAUCCUGCAGGAGACUCUCUGCUGCAGCACCAAGGUGACGCUGCAUUGGGCGGAGCUGAUGCUGAAGAUGGCGGGGGUGAUGCUGCAGACAACUUCCUGCCUUUAGACGACAACAACAUGGAGCUGGACCAGGACCCAGAGGAACAUGUCGACAGACAUCAGGCUCCAGGUGAAGGUCGGAUGAUUCGAGAGAGACGACAGGUCCAGACUGAAAAACAGAGGAGAGACGAGGAGACGCCGCCCGCUGUGAACGUGUGGAUGUUUCAUGACCCGUACUCAGUCAUCGGGGAGGAUAAACCGUUUAAAUCAGGAAAAUGUUAUAAAGUUCCUGAUGGUCUGGACGACGGAGGGAAGAGGAAAAGGAAACGAGCUUCUCCUCUUCAGGACUUCAGGAGCUGGUUCAGAGGAACCUUUGAUCCUCCUGAACACAAACUGAAAAAUGGACCCAGGUUUACAGACCUGAACUACAUUUAUUUGAGUACAAUAAAAGACAAAAUGAAGACUCGUAAGAGGAUCUACAGGAAAGCAGGCGUGGUGGUCUCUGACGAGGAUCUGAGGAGGACCUUCCUGCAGCCGGAGGAGGCGGGGCCUCAGCAGCAGGGGGAGGAGCCUGUGGAUGGAUUAAGACACCCCGACCUGCUCGGUGGAGAUGAUGAUAACUCGGACAACGAACACGAAGCGUUUCCUGACGACGUUCCAGCGGAGUUUGGUGGAGGACCAGACUUCAUAUCACCAGACGCUCAGAGAGACGAGCUGAGUUAUGAAGACCUGGUGAAGCUGCGAGUGGAGCAGCUGGUGAUGAACUGUCGAGGUUAUACUCAGGAAACCGCUCUGUCCCGGAGAGUCAAAGACUGGGAGGACAAGAUCCGACCUGAACUGGUUCUGCAGGAGGAGCGUCCGGUGUUCGACAUCCACGACUAUGGAGACCGGAUCGUCGGAGCGCUGAGCGACGUCGGCUGCCGCAGAUCCUUCUCCUCCAUUGUUCAUGGUCUGGACAACUUUGAAGCCUGUAAAUAUCUGCUGGCUUCACUGCAGCUGGCCAACGACUACACGGUGGAGAUCGACAGUGCUGAGGGUCUGGAGGAGAGUCUGGACUCGAUGGGACUGACUCUGCUCAACACUCACAGGGCGACAGACAGAUUCAAAACUCUGAAGGCUUCGUCCUGAGAACAGCCUGAGUGAGUUCAGACUCUGUCAGAUCUCUGUCUCCAUAAUAAACUGUAAUUUCUCCUCCAUGUUUGUUUUACUUCCCCCUGGAUCAUCAUCAUGUUUGAAUCCCUCACAUAAUUGACUGUUCUGUCUCCUGAUCAGUUUUUUAAAAAUAUGAUCUGUAAUAAAAAUGUGCAUGUACAAUUAGUUUAAACCAAAGUAAAAUCUGAAGGUGUUUGGAUUAAACAGGAACUGUCAGUGUGUCUCAGUUAAACAAGACAAAACCUAUUGUAAUAGAUUUUACUGUUUGGUGGAAAGAUUUAAUUUCUCUUUAAAUGAGUUGAUAAUUCAGACUUCAGGAUUUCUUCUCUUUUUGUCCCAGUGUCGUUGUGAUGUCCAGAUUAGAUUUCAUUUUCAUUAACAAUUAA